AAAGAAAUUGAAGCUGGGCACCCCGGCGGCCGCGGCCUCCCGGUCCCCCGCCCGCGGCCCCACGGCUCUGCUCAGCCCGGGCAUCGGGGGCGCACGACUCUUCUGCCGCGCGAAGCGUGUGUCUCAGCAGCCCAGGGCGCCGGAGAGGGAGCGGCCCCGACCUCGGGGCCACGGCCCUUGCUUCCUUUUCGUUGUCGCGAAACGCCGUGUGCCCCGUAACCGGGGCGAUGGGUGCCAACGAGGACCAGGAGAUGGAACUGGAGGCAUUACGCUCUAUUUAUGAAGGAGAUGAAAGUUUCCGGGAAUUAAGUCCAGUUUCAUUUCAAUACAGGAUAGGUGAAAACGGGGAUCCCAAAGCCUUCCUCAUAGAGAUUUCCUGGACAGAAACCUAUCCGCAGACCCCUCCCAUCAUAUCCAUGAAUGCCUUUUUUAACAACACCAUAUCGUCAGACGUAAAACAGAGCAUACUAGCCAAGUUACAGGAGGCGGUGGAAGUCCACCUCGGGAAGGCCAUGACCUACACGCUGUUUGAAUACGCCAAGGACAAUAAGGAGCAGUUCAUGGAGAACCAUCAUCCCGUUCAUUCUGCUACAUCCAUAAGCAAUAUCAUCUCAGUUGAAACUCCUAGCACAGCCCCAUCGAGUAAGAAAAAAGAUAAAAAGGAACAACUUUCAAAAGCCCAGAAACGUAAGCUGGCAGAUAAAACAGAUCACAAAGGAGAACUUCCUAGAGGAUGGAACUGGGUUGAUGUGGUGAAGCAUUUGAGCAAAACUGGCUCUAAAGACGAUGAAUAGCCCUUGGAAUCCAAGACAAGGGAAGAGCAUCCUUUAAUAAGUAAACGGGGUUCAAAAUCUUUCAUUACUCUUUUCUGGUAUUGAGGUGGCUUUUUAUAAAACAAUUGUUUUGUAUGUUUCUUAUGUAAAAAAAAAAAAAUGUUUCAAGUUGAAAGUAAAGGAAUCUGGUUGUAUUAAAUUAUUUUCACAAACUUGCCUUAAUAAAAGGUGAAAAUGUUAAAAAAAAAAAAAAAAAGAAAUUGAAGCUGACACAGAGAUGGAAAGAUACAUCAUAUUCUUGGGCUGGAAGAAUCAAUAUUGUUAAAAGACUAUACUACUCAAGGCAAUCUACAGAUUCAAUGCAGUGCUAUCAAAUUACCAAGGGCAUUUUUCACAGAACUAGGAUAAAAAAUUUGUUAAUUUCUAUGGAAACACAAAGGACACUGCAGAUUACCAAAGCAGUCAUACAAAAGAAAAUUGGAGCUGGAGGAAUCAAGCUCCCUGACUUCAGACUAUACUGUAAAGCUACAGUCAUCAAAACAGCAGUGUGCUGACACAAAACCAGACACAGAUCAAUGCAGCAGGAUAGAAAGCUCAGAAAUAGAUCCAUGUGCCUGCGGUCAAUUCACCUAUGACAAAGACGGCAAGAAUACACAGUGGAAAAAAGACAGUCUCUUCAACAAGUGGUGCAGGGGAAACUGGACAGCCAAAUGUAAAAGAAUGAAAGUAGAACAUUCUCUAACACCAUACACAGGUAGUCAUAGGUCCAACUGUCUACUGAGCACACACACUGUACAAGGCACUGCUCUUGGCACAUAGAGGAACAAGAUUUGCUUCCUAUAAUCAGGAGUUGGAUGACAAAUAGAAGGUCAAGACAAACACAAUUAACUAUUAUCCAAAGCAGAAUGGGCCUCCAAUAAAAGAGGCAUAAAAAGCUGUUUUGAAGAUUCAAGGGACGAAGAAAUCACCCACUUUUUCAAGUAGUAGAAAAGGCUUUAUGGAAGGUAGGGAAGGAGAACUAGGCUUUUGCUCAGAAACUCAUGACCUCUAAGCCAUAAUCCCUGUUCUCUACUAGCUUCCAAAUCAGUCAGGAUGAAUGUCAUACAUACAGCGGCUGCAAUUCAAGACCAUACAUGUUAACACCAGUACAAAAGAAUCACAGAAAAGCUACAGGUUAUUUCCUAUUAGUGCAGGAAGUACUUUAUAAAAGGGUGGACUUGGGCCCUAAAAGAUGAAAAAGAUUUUAUUAAGAUGCUAUUUUCAAAUAAAAAGCAAUUAAAUGACCUAGAAAAUUUGGAAAACACAGUAAGGUAUAAAGAAUAAAAUAGAAAUCAUUUAUAGGGCCACUACCUACAGAUAAAUACAUUGCCAGACAUAUAAUAUGCAUAAUAAAUAUUUAUAAUAUAAAUAAAUGUAAUUUAUUUUUUUCCUCAAGUAUAUUUUUAUUACAUACAUGAUUUUGAGACCUGCUUUUUUAAAACAUAUGCAAACUUAUCAGUAAAAUUAUUUGAAAACACAUUUUUAAACAGCUGAAGAAUAUUGCAUUAAUUUAUAAUAUCAUUUAUGCAACCAAUUUUCAAAAUGUUCACAUUUAGAUUGCUUCUAAAUUUUCAAUUAUUAUAAAUUAAACUUCAUGAAAUUGUUAAACACAAACCUUUGUCUACACCUCUGUAUUUUCAGCACAGAUUCCUGUAAGUGGGAUUACCAAAUCAAGGUAUAUUAACAUUUCUGGGGCACUCAAGAGAGUAAAACAUUGCACAAUUACUUUCUAGAAAGGCUGUACCAGUUUACAUUCCCAUUAGUUAGAUGUGCCAUGAGACACACUCCUUUACCAACAGUAUUAUUUUAAGAUGUUUGCUAAUCUGAUAAGGAGAAAAUAGUAAUUCACUGUUUUUAAAUUUUGUAUUUACUUGAUCAUUAGUGAUGGGAACAUUUUAAAUACACUCUUUUCCAUGAAUAUUUCCUUUCUGUUGCCUGUUCAUACAUUUACAUCCAGUGUUGUAAGUGAAAAACAUAUUUUGAGUAGGAAACUUGGAAAGAAUCUACCAUUCUCUCAGUCUUGGUGCUGUGACUCCCUUUGGAUGAGUA